UAUAUGUGUAUAAAACCAUGGCUAAUUCAUUGGUGUUGACCAUCGGUUAAGAUUGCUUUGCCACGUAUACAACGAUCUCUCCAACACAUUGUGUGAUUUUAUUAGUAGCGACAACAUGCUAAAACAUUUUCUGACGCUCUGCAUGAUUGCUGUUGCAUUUGGGGCAGUGACAGAGGAGUUUAAAACAUCAUCUAUCAACAAGCACAACGAAUACAGAGCAGCUCACGGUGUUCUAAAUCUUGUAUAUAAUGCUUCACUAAGUGAAUUUGCACAAAAAUACGCCGAUAAAUUAGGUGGAGGCGCCGCAUAUGUACAUAAUCCGGAAAGCAAGGCGAAUGGAUUUGGGGAGAAUUUAUCCUGGUUCAACAAUGCGUCUAAAACUGGAGCACAACACGUGGAAAGUUUGUACACAAACGAAAAAGCAGUUUAUGUUUGGGGAAAAUGGUGUGGUACAUCGGAACCGAAUAUGGCUUAUUAUAAUUAUUUUGGACAUUAUACCCAAAUUGUAUGGAAAAGCACAGUAUCAGUAGGUAUUGGAAAAUCAGGAGGAUAUGUGGUGUACAACUAUUACCCAACCGGAAAUAUACCUGGCCAAUUCAAAGAAAAUGUACCUUGCCCUACAUAAACACAUCCUUCAAAGAAUUAUAUGAAAUAAAAGAAUGUGUAAAACAAAA